UUUCCAUUUAUGUAUGGCGACUCCAUGUACUACAACUGCAUCUCCCUCCACAGCGAUUAUGACUGGUGCUCACUCGACAAGAAAUUCCAAGGCAGAUGGCGGUACUGCACGGGGAAAGAUCCCCCCAAGUGUGCCUUCCCCUUCCUCUACAGAAAAAAGCUCUUUUAUGAAUGCACCAAGAAUGGCUAUGUUUUGAAUCGGAGUUGGUGCUCAUUGACAAAAAAUUAUAACCAAGAUGGGAAAUGGAAGCAGUGCUCUCCUUUUGGUCUCUAAAUGAGUCUUGGUGUCCUUGAGGAGACAGAAGUUAUAGGACUCAUCAGCUGCCUCUCAGAAUAUAUAAUUUCCCU